AUGGCCGGAUAUACCAGUGUUAAGGCCGUUAUCAUCGAGGCAGGAAAACGACAUGUGGAGGUAGAGUGUAUCGGACAUCAGUACCAGCACUCGCUCAAAACUGCCGACUCAAAAAUCGAAGCUAUUAGCUGUCCAACUCAUGAAUUAAUCCUGGAGCCGCGCAACUUAGCCCUUUUGGGGUCGCUGUGUUAUGCCAAGGAAUGGGUAUACUCCUACAGGGAGGGCAUAUUCGAGGAAGGGGAGGCGCUGGGUGUAGAUGACCGCAACGAGGUCAUACACAUCGAACCUCACUGGGAGGAAACUGGCGGAAUCAUCUGUAGAACCGAGAAUUCCACUGAAGUACAAUAG